UUUUAACAGUGAUUAGAUAAAAUUCAAUAUGGUGUCCGUCGUUCGUAGGUAUACUUGGAAUUUUGGUAUUUUAAGAUAAAAUCAAUGUUAAAAAUCACAUGGUUUAUCGUAAUUAUGAAAAUCCGAUUGAAAAGUCUAUAUAACGUGUAACAGUUCUAAUGCCACGGUAGCUGAUUGUACAGAGAAAGUGUAAAAACUAUUACCUCCGAAAUUCGUUAACUAAGCUAUAUAUAUAUACACAUAUAUAUAUAUAUAUAAAGAUAUAUAUAUAUAUAUAUGUAUAUAUAAAUAUAUUUUAAUAAAGUGAAACUCGAGCUCUUGGAAAUUUGGAGAGUUAAAAGAAAUGGAAAACAUUGAAACGGAGAGUAUUACAGAUGGAAAUGAAUCCGAGGCUGAACAAGGUAGCAUCAAAGAAAAAAGUGAAAACUCCUUGAUAGACAUUACUACUCUAGACUUUAAAUCUCGGCUUUGUUUGAAAACAACUGAAACGUAUGGAGAAGCAACGCAUACAAAUGGAAUAUCUCGAGUGAAUGGUGUUUGUAAUUCACCUGAAAGAACUGCCAGUACCACUAAUCUUCCAGAAUCUCAAAGUAUGGAAACUAGUCGGUUAAACCAACACGGUAAAACUGAUACGUUGCCUCUGGGAAAGAAGGAUGACAACAUCCAGUAUGUUAGUUACACAAGCGAAUUACAAAUGCCUGACAUAAUGAAAUUAAUACAAAAGGACCUAAGCGAACCCUACUCUAUUUACACGUACAGAUAUUUUAUCCAUAACUGGCCAAAAUUAUGCUUCCUGGCGAUGCACGGGGACGAGUGUGUUGGUGCCAUUGUUUGCAAGCUGGACAUCCACAGAAAGGUGAUAAAACGUGGAUACAUUGCAAUGUUAGCGGUCGAUGUGAAAUAUCGAAAACGGAAGAUUGGCUCGAAUCUGGUAAGAAGGGCGAUCCAAGCGAUGGUGGAAGACAAUGCUGACGAAGUAGUAUUGGAAACGGAAAUUACUAAUCGACCAGCAUUACGUUUGUACGAAAAUCUUGGUUUCGUGCGCGAUAAGCGAUUAUUUCGGUAUUACUUGAACGGUGUAGAUGCCCUUCGAUUGAAAUUAUGGCUCAGAUGAAAUUCAGAGAAGGCAAAUCGAGGAAAUUUGAAAUAAUUGUAACGUGAAAAAAA